AUGGCAGGAUCGUCUUCAGGUGGGAAAUCUGAUGCUGGGAGGGAUGUCCAUGUAACAAAAAGGAAACAAGCUGAAGUAAAUGAAAGUGAUAUUCGACCGUCCCAAUGUCAAGAACAUCUUGGGGAUGCUGCAGCAAAAUCACCAGAUAAGGAUAUACUAUUGGCAACGUCAGAUGUUAGUAAAAAAGGAAAGGUCUCUACAACACCUACAGCAGCAAAAGUACCUGUAUCAUCACAAGAAGAAGAUGACUUGGCGGUGGUUGUGGCAAAGUGCUGGAACGACUUUUUAUCAGCAGAGUUCAGUCUCGGUAAAACAUAUUCUGGACUGCCUUUGUCUUUAAACUAUGGCAAAUAUCAAGAGCUGCUAUCUGGGCAAGGAAACUUUGUAUCCAAAGUAAACAAAGCUUUGUUUGUAAUGUUUCCUGAGGAUUACAAGAACAAAUGCGCCAAAGAUCUGUUGAUCCCUGUAUCAAAUGCGGAAGACUACCCCAUGCUCAAUUGUGAUCCAAGUUUGGCUACUAACACCACCAUUCUUGAUUUACCGGCCAAAUUGGUUGGAGAAGAUGAAGAGUAUACAGAGGGUGAUGCAGCAGUUUCGUAUUAUCAAGGAAUACAAGAGAACGCAGAAUCAUUUGACAAGCACCAUGUGGACUUUGACAUUCAGAUCCUCGGUGAAGAGCUUGAUUGGAUAUACUGGACAGGAAACAAAGAGUUGAAAGCAGUUGGGGGCAAGAAAGGUGUUGAGGGGCUUGGCAAGAUUUUGCAUAGAAUAAAAGCAAUCAAAAAGUCAGGGAAGGGAGCAGCAAUUGACUUUUUCAAAGACAAGAAAGCUAAGAAUACAAGUAAGAAAGUUCGUCUUGCUGAAGAUUUGCAUCAUUUUUGGAAACCUAAGGAGAACAAGAGGAAGAGAGUGAACAACAUUGGACUCUCUGCAGAACAAAAGCAGCAAAUCAAGAAUGAAGAGCUCAACGCCAUUUGUGACGGUGAACAGCCUAAUCAACAUAUGGAAAUUUUUGAAGAGCGUCUGAUGCAGUCAGAGCUACUGUUACAAGCCAAGAAACCAAACGAGAACAAUUCAAAAAUUAUUUCUCGUGUCAACAAGGCUACACAAGAUUACCAGAAAGAGCUAAACAAACAGUAUCGCAAUGUUGAUCAAGGCACCCUGGAGUUUGUGUCAAAGUACAAAAUCAAAGCACCAAAGCAAAAUCAAUAUAGCCAUGACGAAAUUCAAAAGAUCCGAUAUGAGCCCAUUACUUUCAAACCUACAUUUCCGGUUACAGCUGGUUUUGCGCUCACCAUUGAUAAAGCACAGGGCCAGACUCUAGAUCGAGUAAUCAUUGCAAUCUCAGAGCGGCUGCACAAGCUUUCAAACUUUACUUAUGCAUGCAUAUAUGUGGGGAACAGCAGAGUAAAAGAGUCAGGGCACUUGCGUCUAUUACUGCACAAUCGAUCAAGCAAACGGUUCCAGUGGGAAAUGCUCACAUACGUAACAGAGUUGAAACCAGCCAAAAGCAUAAAGGCCUUCUUCAGUGGCUUUACUACAAAUCGCUUGAACUGGAAAAAGGACGUUUGGAACCAAACCAAAUCAUUUCUGCAAUUUGCACAACAACAACAAAAAUAG